UGAAUUUCUCAGAGCAGAGCACGAAAGCACCCGACAGAACAGAUAUUCUCUCAUUCGUAAGUUCGAUCGUCCUACCACAGUCCCCGAACCUUUGGCUCGUGUUGUCACGCAUUCGAGGAUUUCGAACACAUAGGCAUUUUCUUUUCCAGGUUUGAUUAUUUUUAACUGCUUUGGAAGCAGAUAAUUCGAGUUGGGGGCAGUUGGGUUUGGGUUCUGGAGCAACUGCAAAUCAACAACGUUCAUGUCUGGUCCACUCGAUCGGUUCUCAAGGCCAUGUGUUGAGGGGGUCUCGGGUUGCAAUGAAAGGGGAGAAAGGAGACCCGAAAUUGAAUUUCCCGAGGAUGGCGAUAGAGGGAAGCGGGUCGGCAGUUUCAAGAGGAAAGCCAUUAGCGCUUCCAAUAGACUCAGGCGGUCUUUCACGAAGAGAAGGCAGAGGAAAAGCGAAAGUCGACUUACCUCUUACGUUCCUAUUGAAGAUGUUCGGGACAUUCAGGAGGAGCAAGCGGUGGAUGAGUUUAGGAAAUCACUUAUUUCCGAUAACCUGUUGCCUUCACAGCACGAUGACUAUCAUACGCUGUUGAGAUUUUUGAAAGCAAGGAAAUUCGAUGUUGAGAAGGCGAAAGUCAUGUGGACCAAUAUGAUCGAAUGGAGGAAAGAGUACGGUACCGAUUCAAUAUUGCAGGAUUUUCAAUUCCCAGAGAUAGACGAAAUUCUACAGUACUGCCCUCAGGGCUUCCACGGAGUGGAUAAGGAGGGGAGACCAAUUUAUAUACAGAGGCUCGGGAAAAUAGAUCCCGAUAAGCUCAUGAAGGUGACCACUCUCGAUCGUUAUGUGAAGUACCAUGUCCAAGAGUUUGAGAAGACUAUGGCCGUUAAGUUUCCAGCAUGCUCGAUAGCUGCCAGGAGACACAUAGAUUCAAGCACAACAAUUUUGGAUGUUAAAGGGGUGGGUCUGAAGCACCUCACAAAGCCUGCUCGAGAUCUCAUCGUGCAGCUACAGAAGAUCGAUGGCGGUUUCUAUCCUGAAACACUCUUCAGGAUGUUCAUCAUCAACGCGGGCUCAGGUUUCAAGCUGCUGUGGAGCACGGUGAAGGGUUUCCUUGACCCGACCACGAUUUCGAAGAUCCACGUUCUUGGGAGCAAGUAUCAGGAUGCUCUACUCGAACUAAUUGAUGCGAGUGAGUUGCCAGAAUUUCUAGGUGGUCGCUGCACCUGUGCAGGUCAAGGGGGUUGUAUGAGGUCUGAUAAGGGUCCAUGGAAAGACCCAAACAUCUUAAAGAUACUGCAGAGCACCAAAGCAGAGGGCAGCAAUCAAAUACCAAUCUCUUUGAAUUGUGGGGAAAAGAUGGAAAGCUGCCAGUCAUCUAACACUGAUAUGGGUUCUGAAUCAGUCCACCUUACUUCUCCUAAAGCUGAAAAUAGCCACGUGAUUCGAGACCCGACUCCUUCAUGUGGACAAGGAACGACAACAGCUGAGGUUGGUUGCAGUGAAGAUUUAAUUGUGUCUGGCGAAUACGUUCCAAUGGUUGAUAAGGCCGUGGAUGAGGUGUCCGAGAAACCGGUGCCCCUCCACCUACACAAUUCCAGUAGGUCGUCUCCUCUGCCUGGUCUUCAACGACUGCGAGACAGUAUCAACACUCGCAUUGGAACCAUGCUUGUUGCACUCUCUUCAUCUCUUGUAGCUUUCUUACAUUUGGUGGCACUGCAGUUCAUCAAGAAGCUCCCGAAUUCCUCCCAUGAUACUCCAGGCACUUGUUCUGGAUUAAAAGACCAUCACUCCAUCCAUUUGCCUUCGCCAACAGUCUCAGAAAGGCUAAACAAACUCGAAGAGAAAGUAGAAAUUCUCAACAAGAAGGAGCUCGAGAUGCCCAGUCAAAAGGAAGAAUUGUUAAAUGCUGCUAUUCGUCGGAUUGAUGCUCUAGAAUUGGAGCUGAUCGCCACGAAAAGGGCCUUGUUCGAAGCCUUAACAAAAGAUGAAGAAAUCCUAGCGUACAUAGACCAGCAAUCAGCAAGCAAGUUCCAGAAGUUUUGCUCGUGAAGUGAUCGGCGAGAAAGGCAGGGAGCUUCCAGUAUUAAAGCUGCAGAUCCUGGUUUUGCUUUCGCUUUUGAAUUUGUACGACCUUGAUGAGUACUUAAUAAGUGGUUUUCCCACUGUUUUGCUUCCAACAUUCAUCUCUAAGUGGCACAUUAAAAACUUCCCUUGCUCUUGCACAUUCCGAAAGGAACA